AAUUGCCAUUCUCACAAAACCGGGCUUUCAAAAAAAGUCACUCUUCGCAUAAACAACAGAAAACAGGCAGGGAGAAGCUAACAGCUGAAACCAAAUCAAAUCAUAAGUUGUGGCGAAUAAAUAGCCGCAAAAAUGCCGAAGGCCGGCGACAAGGCGAAGGUGAAGGUGAACGUCAAGGAACGGGUGGUGGACGAGUCCUGCGAUCUAAGCCUCUCCGAGUUAAGCGAGAUACCGGUGCGGGAGAUUGCUUCGUUCAAGCGCGUCACCGUUUUAGAUCUGUCCAGCAAUCGCCUGGUCAACCUGGGAAAAAACUUCACCAUACUAACGCGUUUGGUGCGGCUGGAUCUGAGCAAGAAUCAAAUACGCUUCCUGCCUGAGGACUUUGGCCAGCUGGAGCAGCUGCGCCACUUGGACCUGUACAACAACUGCCUGGAGCACCUGCCCAUUAGCUUUGGUCAGUUGCGUCGUUUGCGAUACUUGGAUCUGAAGGGGAAUCCCCUGACGCCCGCCUGGGAGAAGAUUGUGGGUCGCUGCUCAACGCAAAAGGACUGCCAACAGGCGGCCAAGAAUACGGUCAGCAUCUGCGCCAACUACAAGCCGGAAUUCAUUGAACGCGAACGUUUGGCCGCACAGGAGACGUUGCAAAUGGCGGGAGCUGGGGAUGCAGGCUCUGUCCAGUCAAACGGCGGUGGGGCUGGUGGCAAGAAGUCACAAAAGCCCAACAAUAAAAAAGCGAAAUCCAAAAAACUUGCCGGAACUGGCGAUAAUGAGCUGACAAUCAAACCGGUGAAUGCCGGAGGUGGAUCCUCGGCUUUAGGUGCAGUAGCUGGAGGGAAAUCCAACCAGAAGAGCAAUCAAAAGAAACGAAACUCCAACAAGGGCGGCUCCUGGGUGAACCUGCUCUCGAAAGCCGCUCUCUCGUCCCUGAUGAUGUUUCUCAUCCUCUUCAUCGUGAAUGUGCUGAUCAUAUACAUGAUUAUGUUUAAGAAUCCGGACAUCGCCGACAAGCUUGUGGAGUAUAUACCGCACCAGUACCGUGAUUGGAUUCUAACCAAAACGGAAAUCUUCCGGCUGCGCGUCACCGACUGGAUCUCGGAGUUCCGAACGCCGCCCGAGGAGCACUGACGAUUCAUUUAUUUGAAGCCUUAGGGCGCUGGGCUUCAAAUAGAAGGAAUCGAUAAACAAAAUUCGGAUGCAUAGCGCGUGUGUGGAGGCGGGACAAUUUUUGGGAUACGUGUAGACCACCUGAACCGAGUUAUACGACUGCGACUUUGAUAUACCAUUAUGUGUAAUAUGCACUGCCAUUUGAUUUCAUAGACUCUAAGAAAGUACGUCCAUUGACAGGAGAUUUACAAGAGAUUUAAACAAGAGAACCGCGCACACUCUGCAGAUGAAGACAACGCCACUCGAAAGACACCACUAACUACACUCAAUCAUUCAACUUAACUCAACUCAACUCAGAUGAAUCUUAUCUAUAGCUCAAGCUCAACUCAAUAGUAACUGAAUGGCAGUUCAAAACUGGCCAAUGCAUAGAAACUACAGACACAGUCAGAACAGGCAUCCUCUUAAUAUAUACAUACUUAUGUCCACAUCUCUCAGAUCGAAUCGAAUCAGCAACCACACCAUAUAUAAAAAAAAUAAAUCUAUUGUAAGAAUA